AUGCCCAAGCGGACCAUGGGAGGGAGGGCCGACGCCGGGGCCGACGCCAUGGUGUCACCUAUGCCGGAGCAGGUGGCUCCUCCGCCAGAGCAGGUGACUCCUCUGCCACGCCAUCUGCCUCCUCUGCCACGCCAUCUGCCUCCUUUGCCGCAGCCCGUGGUCAACGUCGACGGCGACGAGGACGAAGAAGAGGUCACUGCUCUGGCUCCUCAGAUGGAGCAGGUGUCUCCUCUGCCGCGGGUGACGCCUUCAGUGCCCGAGCCUGUGGUUGUCGGCGAUGUCAACAAUGAAAACCCUCAGCCGGGUGUUCAUCUGCCGCGGUUGUUACCUCCCCUGCCCCCACCUGUGGUCAUCACCGACGAGAACGAAGAAGAGGUUUUCCCUGGUCAGUACAAGGCAAAUAAGGUCCUAAGUGACGAUGUUGACAGCGACCCAGAAACCCAGAGGGUCUUCAGGAGGCAGAAGGUGAGGCAGCUGGAUAGUGGUGAGCUCGAGAAAGCUGUGAGGCCUAGAUUCGGAAACGGCUACGGAUGCCCUUUCUGCAACAAGGUGAUGAAUCGCGACCUGUCGAGUACCAUCAACCAUGCAGUCGGAACAUCCCAAGGCAGCACCAAGAAUGGCUACGCUUUCAGGGUGAAGCAUGAUGCGUAUGUCGACUACUUGAUGAGGCUUCUUUGA